AUGACAGACCAAGAGUCUAGACGAAACGGACUGGAGCAACUGGCGGUCCGGGCCAUUGCGGAAAUGAGAGAAGGACAGGGUCCCCGACCGCCAGAUACCCGCGACCAGCAGCCGCUGGAUCUACUACCGGAUCACGAGGACAAGUCCGUGAACAACAAUGGCACUCGAUUGGCGCCCUACGAGCAGUGCAUUCCGGACCUGUCUGCGCCCGGAGCAGGGUUCGAGGACGAUUUUUCACGGGUCGUCAAGCGGCGGCGUAGAGCGCCUGUCAGCUGCCUGCUUUGUCGGAAACGCAAAGUGCGUUGCGACAAGCAGAUGCCGUGCUCGGCCUGCAAGACUGCUAACGUGACGGGCUCGUGCGAAUACGCCCCGCCCACUUGGGGAGGACGAGAGGUCCGAGGAGGACAGGAGAUCCAGUUCACGGUGGACGAGGCCGAGCCCAUUUCACAGCCUCCGGGCAAUAACAGCUCCAACAGCGAUACCCGAGGUCACCACAGUAGCAGCAGCAGUUGCUCCAACAUCAGUGUGCCGCCGAUGCAAAAGCCGUUGACGCCGCCCCAGAUGCUGCAGCCCAUCGUCAGUCCACUGCAGCCCACCGUCAAGUCCAAGUCCUCGCACCAGCGCAUGUACGGCCGGUUCCCUAAUGCCGCAAACUUGCUCCGAGCGGACCUCAGCGAACGUCAACGGGCCAAGGGCGUGGAGGUGCCGCCUUCUCCGAGAAAAAAGCAGCCGCUCCACAACGACGCAAAGUGCAAAAGGGCUAUUGAAACGCUGCAGGAGACCCGCAGACGCAGGUCCGACAGCCCCAUCGACCCCGUCUACAAGCCGCUGCUGGACCUCUUCCCCGGCCAGCAGUACUGUGAGUUUCUCAUUGACUCGUUCCUCAAACGGGUCAACACAGUGCAUUACUGCGCCUGUCCAGAGGGUCUGAGAACGGAUUUCAACGCCCUGUGGUCGGCCAAACAGCGUAUCGAGGAUGGCGAACAGUUCAAUGCCCGAACAUACCUCAAUCUACCGUCCAUAGCCGUCAUGCUGUUGGUAUUCCGACUCGGCAGAGGCUCAUACCCGCUCAAGGACUGGAGCCCUCCAAACUACUGCAUCAAGGACGGCCACCGAGACAACACGUAUCUGGGUCCCCAGGUGUUGGAGGUGGCCGAGGCAUGUCUUAACGCGUCGCAUAUUUUCCGACACGGUGGGCUCAAGACCAUCCAGGCUCUUGUGCUCAUGAAACUGGACUGCUUGUACGCUCCAGACUCCGAAUACUCGCCUGAUGGGGUCGAUUCCGUCAACCUUACCGGUGUCAUUCUUCAGCUGGCGCUCUCGCAGGGUCUGUACAUGGAUCCCGCCAACUUUGAUACCCAGAGCACCUCAGUGUUGGCGUUCCAGGACUCGCUGUUGGUGCAGUCUCCCAAGGCCCACAGGCGGUCCAUGAGCGUGUCGUCUGCGGGCUCUGCAUCGCUCAUCGAGCCGUCCUCGGCCAAAUUGUGGCGUAUACUGUACGGAUGCGCACUCAUUCUGGACGCCAAACGAAACCUGGAGGUUGGAAUUCCGUUGUCGUUACCUCAGGGCGAUUGUGAUGUGUACUUCGACCACACAGACGAUGGUGGAAAGACCGCCAGCAACGUCCUGGCGUUCCGUCGGGCCAUGCUGCGCUUCUGUGCCCUCUCGGGCUGUGUUAUGACCGAAACAAGCCGACCAGUCAUGUACAGAAACGAACCUCUGAUCCAACGACUGGGCCAGGACUUACACAAGUUCGGGGUGGACGAGGUGGCUUCUCUUGCCCAGCUGCGAGAAGAACUUGGCAUCCCCAAGGACGACUCGUUGGCAUUUUCGUCCGAUGACGACCAUGCCGACGAGUCUGACACCUCGUCGGUUGCGUCGUCGGCCACCUCUGCCCUCCAGCUGAUCCACAGAUGCCGCAUUUACUGUCUGUGGUCCAAGCUGUGUGUGCACUAUGAGAUGGACACGUAUGACGCCUCCGAGGAGCCUCUGUACGGCCACCGUGAGCUGUGUGUUCGACUGGGCAUUGAGCAGGACCAGGCCGGGGUGCUGUCCCAGUACCGGGUCAUUCUACGCAUGUCCAGUCUCAUUACUCUGCUGGUGUGGGUGGCCCGGCGACGCACUGCCUCUGUGGAACUUGGCGCCCAUUCAUGGUACAUUGUGUCUCUUGUGCAUUCCAUGAUGGGUCUUCCGUUGACCGGCGUCAUCACGUGCUGGUUCCGUGUGGCUAUUUUGGCCAAGGAGACGGGCUCUCUCAAGGGCACACGCUGGGACCCGGAUUGGCUGUUUCGACUCAUCACCCAGGGUAUUGCCGUACUUGGCGACACGGAUGUCGGAGACCGCCAGAUGCAUGGUCUUUGCGUUUCGUUUCUCAAGAAGGCCCGUUCCGACUUGGGGCGUUUGCUGGCCAAGAUGCCUGGAUCCGACCCGGCGUACCUCUCCUCUCAGUUUGAUGCCAUUGACAAGCUGGCAGAAGUCGAGGUGCUGAGCGAGGAGGAUGAGGGCUUAUGA